UAGCAUUAGAAAGUUCGCUGGACUGAAAUAUUAACUAAGCUACACAUGUUCCUGUGUGUCUCUGUUGCGGUGAUGGCAGGCAGAAUUUAACAUACACUGUGGAUAUCACAAAGAGGAGCGUUGUAUCACUAGUGUAGUAUCACCCCGAUACAAGGUAGACCAGCGAAAUUGUAAUCCUUCAUUUAGAGCUACAAUUUUACAGGUAAUUCUUAGAAGAGAAGAAAAAUUGUUUUUCGAACUACUUUCUGUUGUUUUUGUUUGUUUUUUUUUGUUGUUUUUUUUUUUGGUUUAUUUACUUUAUGCUGAGGAAGGCUUUUGGCAGAAACGUUCUUCUUUUUACCGUCCCAUCUUUCUAUUUCAAGACUUCCACACACCUUGUUCUGCCAUUUCCUUGAUUUUCUUCAGAAAAUGUACUAUCGACAUGUAUGUUGAACUUCUUUUAAACGAAUUGUUAAAUACUUUUCUGAUUGACAUUCUUCUUCCAACGGGACUUUGAGGGGAAUGCUUUAUUAUUUAUCAUCAGUCACAAUUUUAUUUCGUUAUGUACUCUAUAAUUAAGCAUUCUGAUCUUCACUUCGAUUAUUCAAUCAUUAGACGAAGGGAUAAGCAUGUUUUUGCGUUUAACUUGAUUAAGAUUAACUGUAAUUUCUUUAUGCGUUCACGUAUACCACUAAGAACUUUAUUUUCAAGCAUUUCUUUAAAAUUUUAUUGGUCUUACAGUAGAAGCAAGAUGGCAACACAGUCAGCUGAUAAAAUCAUCUUCUCUUUAUGCUUCAUACAAGUCAUCUUCUUGGCUCUAUCCUGCGAUGCCAUCUCAGAGGGUUUCGAUGGUGAAUCCUUUAAAACAGUUUAUUUUAUUUAUUUAAAAAAAAAAAAAUUAAAAAUAAAAAAAAUAUAUAUAUAUAUAUAUUAAUUAUAGGAUUCUCUAUAUAAAGCUUUUAGAUUCUGUUUUUUUUUUUUAUUUUUUUUUUUUUAUUUGCUUUUAAACAUUUUUUUCCUUAAAUUUCUUUUGAUUUUUUUUUUUUUAUUUUUUUAUUAUUUUUUUUUUUUUUUUUUUUUGUUUUGUUUUUUAUAAUUUUUUUUNCUCAGGUCGAGUUCAAGAAAUUAGCCGCAACGCUUCAGGUACACAACUAUUCAAAACACGUCAUUCGUUCUGUGAGGUUCGGGGGGGGGGGAUAUCAUUGUAGGACUCUAUGGUAGGGCUCUAUGGUAGAGCUCUAUGGUAGGGCUCUAUGGUAGGACUCUAUGGUAGGGCUCUAUGGUAGGACUAUGGUAGGGUUCUAUGGUAGGGCUCUAUGGUAGGGUUCUAUGGUAGGGUUCUAUGGUAGGGUUCUAUGGUAGGGUUCUAUGGUAGGGUUCUAUGGUAGGACUAUGGUAGGGUUCUAUGGUAGGGAUCUAUGGUAGGGCUCUAGGGUAGGACUCUAUGGUAGGGCUCUAUGGUAGGGCUCUAGGGUAGGACUCUAUGGUAGGGCUCUAUGGUAGGGCUCUUUCAUUUCACGAAGACUUCUCAAAUAGAUUUAAAUGUCUUAAUCACCAUUCCAAGAAAGCGUAUGAACCAUUAUUUGGCUGAAGGAGCUUUUUUUAUAAUUUUUUAAAUUUUACUCAACGCUUGGCGAAUAAAUUGUUCUAAUUUAUAUCAUACACAAGCCCUAUUAAUUUGUGUAAUGCCAAUUCCAUAUAAAAGAUUAAGGUUGUUCAAUAUGUAUUGCCCUCUAUCUCUAUCUCUCUCUCUCUCUCUCUCUCUAUAUAUAUAUAUAUAUAUAUAUAUAUAUAUAUAUAUAUAUAUAUAUAUAUAUAUAUAUAUAUAUAUAAUAUAUAAAAAUAUAUCCUAUAAAUUCGAAGCUACUAAAUGUAGUGUUGUUUGUGUGUUUGCGCGUGUGUAACAACAGGGCGACGUUGUGACGCCCGUCAGUGAACACUACAAGGACCUUGCUGUUAUGUACAAUGUGAGAACCACCAGGUUCCCGUACGCCAUUUACUUGGUGGAGUCUGUGGAGGAUGUCCAAAAGGUGAGAAGCAUUUUAAUAUCCCUAGUUUCUUACCUGGUCAACUUUGUAUCUUCAUUUUUACAUUUUCUGCAUAAAUAAAAGGUUUAGGAAUUUUGGUAAGACAAAUAACAUAACAUCCAAUCCAAAUAAGCAGCGAAUGAAACACAUUGCGAGUAUAUUGUAAUUAUGACCCUGUACAUCUACAACAGUCGAAAUAAUCGCUGCUAUUGAUCAAGUCUUGAAAAAUUAAGGCUAAAGUGUCAUAAAAUAAUAUUUUUUAAAAUCCUUUAUCGUAACUUCGCUUUUGUUCAGGCUCCUUUCUUUCUGUCUGGAUAUUUGGCUAAAUCUUCGGACGGCUAAUUGACCCACAUCCCGUCAAAGUUUUGAGCUGAAACUUCAUGGCACAUAGACCCGCUGCCGCCAAUGACAACACAUUCUUUCCAAUGUUCAGCUCCACCCAUUCAAAAAGACGUGUAUCCUGAUUGUGUUCAAGGGUAGAAUAAAGGAAAUAUGACGGCGAUGAUUUCACGCAAAAAAAUUCGCGGUAACUGCGCUAAAUGAGAUUCUUCUAGAGACAUCGCAAGCGAUGUUGCUGCGUUAUAGUUUUUUUUUUAUUUUUAUUUUCUUUUAUGUCAUAUUCGGUGAUAAACGGAUGCUAGUCUUCGGAGGUGGGUAGAAGUUGAGCAAUAAUUGGGAUUCGUAAAAAAAUGCGUAACUUGUAUGCAUGUUUGUCAUACCGACCCCCCCCCUUGCUCGAUAUUACAUUUUUUAAAAGACUUAUAUAUGAAAAACUUAUUUUUUGGGGUUUGUUUAACUAAUUUUGGAUCCAUCAGUUUAUGCUGAACGUAAUUCACUACUUUUGCCAUCAAGUGAUACCUCAGCGGGAUCAUAAGAUACAGGUAGCGGUAAUGAGAUCACACAAUGUUCUUUUUAAGGACUAGCAUAUUAUGUUAUACGAACAUUCUGUCUAUUUUGAUUUGAAGCUUUCAACAAAACAAAAAAAUAAAUAAAUAAAUAAAAUAAAAGCAAUCCAUAUUGUUUAUCUGUGAUGUCUUGUGGAACAGAAUCUGCACAGACAACGCCACGGCCACCGUAGCAUGACUGGCGUUAGUUAAAGACAUUAACUCUGUACGGUCCUUUCAUCUUGGGUUCAAUUAGGUCACAGGAACCCCCCCCCCCCACAAAAAAAUAGCGAAGCUUUAUGUCUGUGCUUCAAAAGUGUCCAGUCCGUUCUGAUAGCGUUGUGGCUGACGUUAUGGCAAUACUGAGUGCGACCGCACUUGAUGGGUUCAAUUAGGUCCCAGGAACCCCCCCCCCCCCACAAAAAAAUAGCGAAGCUUUAUGUCUGUGCUUCAAAAGUGUCCAGUCCGUUCUGAUAGCGUUGUGGCUGACGUUAUGGCAAUACUGAGUGCGACCGCACUUGGAGUCAGUAAGUAAUUUUAACAAAGAUACGGAAAAUCUUUGAUCAUGAUUUAUGAAUAAUAUAGGAGAAAGAAAAGUUGUGUCCGGGGCAAAAUCUGGAAAAGGACGCCCCCCCCCUCCCCACACCCUCCCCCGUUUCAUCAUUUAAUGAUACAUGAUAAGCACAUACUCAUAUAUAUUUAUCUGAUAACUUUUUAAAAUCGAUGGGAUUUAUAAUUUUCGGCGUCUUUGAUCCUUCCGAUGCACCCUUUCUAUUUAUGUCUUCUACCACCAGCCAAGUUUGACUAAAUGGUUGAGGCAGCCACGUUGUGUCAGUUUAGAAAUCCACCGUACCAGACUUGAUAUGUACCUCCACAGGUGAUGUUAUUUGCUAAGAAGCACAACCUGAUGCUCACCAUACAGUCCUCUGGUCACUCGUAUAUCUGCAGGUCAACCUAUGAUGGUAGCAUACAAAUUAACUUCAAGGUAAAUAACAUUUUCAUGAGCGCACGAACGAUAAUUGCGAAACAUAAAUCAGUACAAUUAAGUUGCAAUUAACAUUUUAAUUUUCAUAGUUUUUUUUUUUAAUUUUAGUUUUUAAAUUAAUAUUAUGAUUUUCUAUUCCAAUCCUCUUUAAACAACAUAAAUUCAAUCUUUGCCUUGAUUUACGUACGUUCAUUUUCUAUUCAGUUUCUUAGAUUGUAAAGCAUCGAUGUUUAUUUAACACUUGUGUGUCUAAACUUCAUCAAAUUUACUGGUUGCACACCAGUAAUCGCCAUGCACAUAGGUGGUUAACCACUAGAAACCGUUCCACAGAGUCUGUCCUGUUACAAGGCAAUCGUCUCCACUUUUCAUGUUGUCACCUUCUGAUAAGAAGAUGCAACUUUGGGUUACUUAAUCGUCUCCACUUUUCAUGUUGUCACCUUCUGAUAAGAAGAUGCAACUUUGGGUUACUUAAUCGUCUUCAAAUUUCAUGUUGUCACCUUCUGAUAAGAAGAUGCAACUUUGGGUUACUUAAUCGUCUUCAAAUUUCAUGUUGUCACCUUCUGAUAAGAAGAUGCAACUUUGGGUUACUUAAUCGUCUUCAAAUUUCAUGUUGUCACCUUCUGAUAAGAAGAUGCAACUUUGGGCUACUUAAUCGUCUUCAAAUUUCAUGUUGUCACCUUCUGAUAAGAAGAUGCAACUUUGGGCUACUUAAUCGUCUUCAAAUUUCAUGUUGUCACCUUCUGAUAAGAAGAUGCAACUUUGGGUUACUUAAUCGUCUUCAAAUUUCAUGUUGUCACCUUCUGAUAAGAAGAUGCAACUUUGGGCUACUUAAUCGUCUUCAAAUUUCAUGUUGUCACCUUCUGAUAAGAAGAUGCAACUUUGGGUUACUUAAUCGUCUUCAAAUUUCAUGUUGUCACCUUCUGAUAAGAAGAUGCAACUUUGGGCUACUUAAUCGUCUCCAAAUUCGACUUAAGUAAUAGUGAUGGAUUGCCAUCAUCUCAAGCCCCAGUAAACAAUGGGUCUUACGAAAUCCAACCCAUGAUAAGAUUAAAAGUAAUGUUUCCGACGAAUUCAAAUUUGACUGUAGGUAAAUUGAUGUUAGCACCAGAAACAAUCACAUACAGUAUUUAGUUUAUCGAUUUUGUGGUUCGUUUCGGCAUUUCAGAAGAUGAAAGGGAGACAAAUCAACUUGCAAUCGACGAGGAGUGAGGCAGGGGAGAUCACUGUGGAAAGCGGCAACACCUGGCUGGAGGUCUACACAGAAGUAAGCUUUUGUUUUAGACUGUGAAUGUUUAAAAUCAGCGUAAGGAGCGUUUCCUAAACAUGUUAAGCUUUGUUGAAUGCUGGGCGAGAUUUUAAUGGCUGUUAGUUUGAUCAUGUGUUGUUCUUUUAUUUUUUUUAUUUUUACCUAAAAUAAUUAUGUCCAAAAUAUUGUUUCAAUUCGUAACCAGCCGAUUCAGUAGUAGGACUCCAGUACUAUUACCAUUUAUUGCCACAGUUAGUUGGUUUUUUUUUUUUUUUUUUUUUUUUUUUUUUAUUUUUUUUUAAUAUUUUUUUUUUUUUUUUUUUUAUUUUCUUUUAAAAAAAAUUUAUUUUUUUUUUUUUUUUUUUUUUUUUUUUUUUUUUUUUUUUUUUAAGUUUUUGUGAAGCAGCAUUUUGAUUAUAAUGUCAAUGUCAUUAAAAAAAAAUUAACUUUUUUUUUUUGAAUAAAAUUAUUCUUCCCAAAUUGACAAUUUAAAAAUAAAGUAUUUGCAUUUUUUUGUUUAUUUAAAUGUUUUAAAGUUUGUCCAAGGGGCUAUUCGUAGUUUAGCGUCUUAAACAUUUGAUAGUAAUUUGACGGUCAUGCUUUACUUGUAGACGAUUUUCCUCAAAUAUAAUCACACAUUAGUGAAAACCACAUUACUAUUUAGUCAUGUUUUUUUUUAAAUUUGUAUAACAUAAGCAGGUCAAGCAGAGCCGUCGCCUGACUUUUCGAGGCCCCCCUACCACAUUUCGCUGUUUGUCUUCCCAACCAUCCAUUCAAAGUUGAUCAUUUUAAAAAAAGGGCCCACAUAACAACUUUGAGCCCCUAAAAUAUCCAAAGCCCACUGCAGCCUUUGGAGUACAUGUGCGCAGAAUCAAUAGAUCUCACAUACUUAGACGGCAGACCAAUAUUAAACUAACUUAUUCUUAAAUAAGAAAUACGCGCAGUUUAUAGGAUAUUAUCUAUUUAUUUAUAAUCUCUUACGUUUCCCGUUAAUCUCAAAGCAAAAUUUGUGCGUCACUUCCGUAUCUGAACACGCCAAUCAUUUCCUUUCAACUACAUAUCUACAAGCUGGGUUUUUUUUACUGUGAAUUUUUAAAAAAUAUGUUUUGAUUCGUAGACUUCUUGUGCGAAGCGUCCACAUUUUAUUAUUUUUAACUUCAUCGGGUUUCCCUCUACUAUUUGUAUGUGUAUUCUUCUUUCUUCGACCAGGACGUACUCUUCUCCCCGUUAUUCUCGAAUUCUAAUUUAUGUGUUCAUCACCGUAACACUAUUGGUAGUAACAGUGUCUACGGUGGCUUUCAAUGAUGAACUAACGACUAAACCCUUCUUGGUUUCUGAGAAUGUUUAUUUUUUUCAUUGCGCAAAGAUUGCAGUUCCAAUGUAUUUAUUUUAUUGUAUUCAUUCUUCGCAAAUGCAUGUAAUCAACCUCAGCCAACUUGUUUAUUUUUUAAGCCAUAAAUUCAAUAUGCUUCGUGCACCAGGUGGACAAAGUUGUCACGGCAGCCAACGGCACCCAGAGGCGACGGGUCAUCGUCGGCGGAAGUGCCCACACCGUGGCCAUGGGCGGAUACACGCAGGGUGGGGGUCACAGCCCCCUGUGCAGGAGCCUGGGCAUGGCGGUGGACAAUCUCCUGGAGGCGACCCUGGUCACGGCUGAAGGAAAGAUUGCCACUGUCUCGGAGGAGGGGUCAGUCAUCAAGGUGAAGUAUACAACCCACUGGAGAGGCUUUGGGUUGCAGACAACGCAUUUUAACCUCAAACACGCGGUAGCUAAGAUUCGACCAGUGGACAUCGGUUAGUUAAGUUACGUGAGCACGGAGCAGAGCUAAUGUGGCUCUAAAAUGUCAGCUAAUAACGUCACGAGCUACAGCACAUCCAGGGACGUCCACAGAGGGAAGGAAGCAGUUUUUUCGAAGCAGUUGCUUCCAGUCUGAUUGGGAAUAGGGGGGGGGGGUAAAAUUCCGACCCUCGCCGCUUUUUUAAAAAAAAAUUCUCCAGAUAACAAAAAAAGCAAAUAAAAAGAAAGGGAACAAAUAUGUGCUUCGCUGUUUAGAACUCUAAAUCAAAAAUAUUUAAAAAAUUGCACAUUUUAUUAACAUACAUCGAUCAUGCACGAAUUGGAAAAAAUUGAUCUAAGAGAUAACAAACAAAUUAUAGGCAUAAUAAAAUUUCAUUUUUUUUUUAAACCCAAGAAAACUACUUCUGGAUUUGACAAUUUGAUUGGCUGAAAAUCUAUGAAGCAAUUUGGAGCUAUUAGCGAUCUCAAUAUCUUUAUUUGGUAUUCAACAGUAUUUUUAACAGUUUUUUUUAACAUCACUUUUCAACAGUAUUUUUCAACAAUAUUUUUCAACAGUUUUUUUAACAGUAUUUUUCAACAGUACUUUUCAACAGCACUUUUAAUAUUAUUUUUUAAAUACUAUUUUUAUUACUAAUAUUCAUGUAAUCAUAUGAAACUCAUAUUAUGGUGAAUGAAAUACCAUGCAUAGUUAACCAAGGUCCCGUGUAGAGUUGGGGAGUUAGGCUUCCAGAUUUAGUUUAACCUGAGCUAGAAGACACUAACAGGAUGGACUAGUAAAUCAUUGCAACACUCGCAUAGACAGAAUGCUGGCUGCCGCCCCCCCCCACCCCCCCAUUCCAACCCUGUAAUCUGAAAUUCGAUUGGUGUUUAGCUCUUCGGAAUGUCUUCAUAUUCAAAGUUGCCAUGGACGACGAUGUCGUGGACUCGAAUUCAUACUUUCCCAGGGGCCUUUGCUCUUGCCGUCUGCUUGAUAUCCUCACCGAUAAAAUAAGACUUAACAACUCAACAUCCGGUACCUUUUAUAAGCUCUUUGAAAUUUAAAACCAAACUUAAUUCUUUUAUUUUACCAUUUUAAUUUUUUUUAAAAUAUAUAUUUGGUUGAAUAUGAAGCAUCCAGCAUUCAUAGUGAGCCUUUUAAGUACAACAGAUUAUGUCAUGAUUCGACCACGUGAUAACUUCACAACGACAACAACUUUGUUUUUUUUUUUUUAUAUAUAUAUUCUUAUCAACAGGAUACUGACGGCACCGUGACCGAAAACUGCGACGCUUCCCUGUUUUGGGCCAUCAGGGGCGGAGGCGGCGGAGCCUGGGGAGCUGUGAUAAGUUUCACCUUCAAGCUGCACUACGCCCCUGAGAGAUUCAGGGUCGUCUACGCUUCGUGGGUUCUUCGCGCUGGUCAAGGUGAGCCGUUCCAUGAUUGUUUCACCAGGCAGGCUGUUUGUUGUUGUUGUUGUUGUUGUUGUUGUUGUUGUUGUUGUUGUUGUUGUUGUUGUUGUUGUUGUUGUUGUUGUUGUUUUUUUUUUUUUAAACUCGGCGCUGAAGAACAAACGUUCAUGUCCCUAUUUAUUUUUUUUGUUUUUUUGCACUGAUGUAUGUAACAAGUUGUUGUUGUUGUUGUUGUUGUUGUUGUUGUUGUUGUUGUUGUUGUUGUUGUUGUUGUUGUUUUUUUUUUUUUUUAAACUCGGCGCUGAAGAACAAACGUGCAUGUCCCUAUUUAUUUUUGUUGUUAUUCUGCACUGAUGUAUGUAACACCCCAAGUACAUUAGAGAGAAGACCUCCAUUUCUACUCAGAACAGCGAGCAUUUACAACUUCCUUUUAAAGCAGCUUUUUUUUUUUAACAUAAGAUUUUACAUGGAGGACGUUCACACACACACACUUACACACACUCACACACACACUCACACACAAUAAAGCUGUUUGCAUUAAUUGGCAUUGUCUCCAUCUCUCCAGAGGAGCAGUUUGGUCGAGACACCGUGGCGUUUGUUCUCAGGGCGCUCAAUCAACUCUGUCCUCAGUGGGGAGGUUACCUCAUCGUAAGUGAUCAACUCUUUGUUUGACUCACUUGUGUCACCGUCAACCGGCUCGUUCGCCGUCCCCUAGGUCACUUGUUUGGCUCUGCUCGGAAACAAGCCCUUUUCAACUUUGGGCCUUUAAUCCAGCGGUUCUCAGCCUGAGGGUUGCGACCUCCUUUGAGAGGGUCAAACGACACCUUCACAGGGGGGGUCGCCUAAAACCACCGGAAAACACAUAUCUAUAAAGUGGCAAUGAGACUAAUUGUAUGGUUGAGGGUCGCCACAGCGUUAGGGAAAUGUAAUAAAGGUUCACCGGAUUAGGCAGGUUGAGAACCACUGGCUUAAUCCAACCAAGCUGCUGGGACGUCUCGGAUGUGCUUCAAAUUAACACUAAAAAUCUUUUCAAACUAAGGCGGCUAACUUUCAUCAAACUAAGGCGGCUAACUUUCAUCAAACUAAGGCGGCUAACUUUCAUCAAACUAAGGCGGGCUAACUUUCAUCAAACUAAGGCGGCUAACUUUCAUCAAACUAAGGCGGCUAACUUUCAUCAAACUAAGGCGGCUAACUUUCAUCAAACUAAGGCGGCUAACUUUCAUUUUUGUUUCGCUUGGCAGGCUUCAGGUGGAGCCAUAGACCCACGAGCCUUCUACUCGGGUAUCUUGACAGUUUAUCUCAACCAUUUUGGUUCAGGAAGUGACGUGUGCAACAAGGACAUUGAUGGUAUUUUAAACUACAACAUUUCUGGAAACCAGGUCAGGGAUUAGUAAAUUUAAGAGCUAAUAUAUUUCAGGUGUCCUCCAGAGUUAAUAUAUUUCGGUUGUACUUCUGAUCUAAUUAGCACUUCCUGAUUACCACAGUAUUUCAGUUGUACUUCUGAACUAAUAUAUUUGAGUAGCACUUUUGAGCGAAUAUAUUUAAGGGGUACUUCUGAGCUAAUAUAUUUGAGUAGCACUUUUGAGCGAAUAUAUUUCAGGUGUACUUCUAAGCUCAAAUAUUUCAGGUGUACUUCAGAGCUCAGAUAUUUCAGGUGUUCUUCUGAGCUCAUAUAUGUCAGGUGUACUUCUAGGCUCAUGUAUUUCAGGUUCACUUCUGAGCUCAUAUGUUUAAGGUGUACUUCUGAGCUCAUAUGUUUAAGGUGUACUUCUGAGCUCAUAUGUUUAAGGUGUACUUCUGAGCUCAUAUGUUUAAGGUGUACUUCUGAGCUCAUAUAUUUAAGGUGUACUUCUGAGCUCAUAUAUUUCAGUAAAAUUGAUUACGGGUAUGUGAUUUAUUUACCCCCGCCACCACUUUUUUUUGUAUCUCCCACUUGCCAUCAGUACGCCAAAAGUGACAGGAACUUCAGCACAUUCCUGGAGUACGAGCACACCGCCUACGACCCCCCGGCAGUCAACGCUUACAUCGUCAACACUUUCGUCCAGCCCGCCGCCGUCAAUGACUCCGUUAAACUGGCAGCGUUGGUGGAUACCCUCAUGGGCUUAGACGCUUCUGUCAGCUGUACCGGGGCCAUGAUUGGCGGUGAGUAAUGGGACAUUAUUAUUGCCGCUAGAAUUGGCCCGUUAAACUGACAGCGUUGGUGGAUACCCUCGUGGGCCUAGACGCUUCUGUCAGCUGUACCGGGGCGACGAUGGGCGGCGGUGAAUGAUGGGAAAUUAUUAUUACUGCUAGAAUUGGCCCUUUGAAAUCUUCGGAAACGAAUAUUUUAUUUUUAUUUUUUCUAAUGUUUGAAUUUGUUGUGACCAUUAAGAUUUAUGCAUGUGCAAAUUGUUGUUAUAAUCCGGCAUACAUGCUAAAUAAUAUAUUUUAAGACUUAGAUAUGUUUAGAGGGUAUUAUGUAAUGCACUAUUUUCACUUAAUUACCAUAUUCAUUCACAAACAAAGCUGUUCGACUAAUCUGCAUACACCACCCACUGAACGAUGCUCACCAAAACUACACCCAGACAUUCACACGCCAAGGCGUCUUGAACACAUUCAGACAAACACUGACCAAGGUGUCUUGAACACAUUCAGACAAACACUGACCAAUGUGUCUUGAACACAUUCAGACAAAAACUGACCAAGUUGUCUUGAACACAUUCAGACAAACACUGAACAAGGUGUCUUGAACCCAUUCAGACAAACACUAACCAAUGUGUCUUGAACACAUUCAGGCAUUCACUCACCAAGUCGCCUAAAACACAUUCAGACAUUCACUCACUAAGUUGUCUUGAGCCCCCUCCAAUGAAUUCAUCUGUAUUGCUUUAAACAAAUAUAUCUAACAAAUCUACGACACCGUGAUCAAGGGAACUUGUCCGCCAUGCUUUUUGUUUUCUUUCCGAAGACUAAAAUGUACAACCAAGUACACCUUAGUCAUUACAUUAGUAUUAUAUCACAUAGUUUUGGUUGGUCUAAUGUGUUAAUUUUUUUACUUGAGAACAGAGGCACAUGGCGUGUAAGGGAAUUUUUCUGACUUUUUUUUUUGUUUUGUUUUUUUUUUGCUAUCUUGCGAAUAGAAAUUUAAAUUUUUAUCAUCUGCUGCCUCUGUUUAAUCAACGGAGUUUGUCCCCAAAAUUCAAUAAAAAGUGUGUGAAAGUGUGUGUGUGUGGGGGGGGGGGUACGUGUCCCUGUGACCUCACUGGGCGAAGCGACAUGCCAAUCGGAGGCAUGUAUGUUUAAGAAAUAGUAUUACCGCAUGUUGUUUAUGGUUGCAAGGGAUGAAAGACUUAGAUUGGAUAUUCUCGUAUGUAGUUUUGUGUAAUUUUGCGUUUUGUAUUUCAAUAUGGUAUAAUAUAGAUUUUUUCAUUUCUCUAUUAAUAUGGAUGACUGUGUACCGUGCUUCGAGCCUUUGGGGAUGAAGCGUGAUUUUCAAAUAAGCUUUAUUAUUAUUGUUAUUGUUAUUAUUAUUAUUAUUAUUAUAAUUAUUAUUAUUAUUAUUAUUAUUAUUAUUAUUUAUUAUUAUUAUUAUUAUUAUUAUUAUUAUUAUUAUUAUUAUUAUUAUUAUGCGUGGUUUUGACUGACAAGAAACAGAUAAUCCGUGAGUCACGAGUAUUACUGACUUAAAAAAUUGUUUUAGGUGCGAUGAAUCGAUCCAAGUCGGGCUCCACACCGGUCAACCCGAGCUUCCGGUCUGGACUGAUGUCCAUGUCGUGUGGUGUAGGCUGGGACAGCAAGUUCACGAACGAUUCUCUUUACGUCGACCAGGCUCUGAAGCUGGGUCAAAGGUUACUCGAGGUAUCAGAGUUUUGUUUUUAUUAAUAGUUUUAAAAUGAUAUUGAGUUUUAGAGUGUUUACUAAUUGGGAAGCUUGAUUUUAGAAUGUUUCCUAAUUGGGUCACGUGAUUUUAGAAUCUUUUCUGAUUGGGUAACGUGAUUAUAGAAUGUUUCCUGAUUGGGUAACGUGAUUAUAGAAUGGUUCCUAAUUGGGUCACGUGAUUUUAGAAUCUUUUCUGAUUGGGUAACGUGUUUUUAGAAUGUUUCCUAAUUUUUAUUGGGUAACGUGAUUUUUAGAAUGUUUCCUGAUUGGGUAACGUGAUCUUAGAAUGUUUCCUGAUUGGGUAACGUGAUCUUAGAAUGUUUCCUGAUUGGGUAACGUGAUCUUAGAAUGUUUCCUGAUUGGGUAACGUGAUCUUAGAAUGUUUCCUGAUUGGGUAACGUGAUCUUAGAAUGUUUCCUGAUUGGGUAACGUGAUCUUAGAAUGUUUCCUGAUUGGGUAACGUGAUCUUAGAAUGUUUCCUGAUUGGGUAACGUGAUCUUAGAAUGUUUCCUGAUUGGGUAACGUGAUCUUAGAAUGUUUCCUGAUUGGGUAACGUGAUCUUAGAAUGUUUCCUGAUUGGGUAACGUGAUCUUAGAAUGUUUCCUGAUUGGGUAACGUGAUCUUAGAAUGUUUCCUGAUUGGGUAACGUGAUCUUAGAAUGUUUCCUGAUUGGGUAACGUGAUCUUAGAAUGUUUCCUGAUUGGGUAACGUGAUCUUAGAAUGUUUCCGAACGGGGCCGAAUUUGAAUGAAAACUUCGCCUUUGCGUUAUGCAGUUCUAUUUUUAGCAUUUUCUUCUUGAACAACUGACGUUGAUGUGCUGUUCAUGAACAGUCAUGAUAGCGAACCUCAAUUCUUUAUUUAAAAUAAUAAUAACAAUGAAACAUGCUUUCAUUAAUAAUUUUUCUUUUUUAAGAAACUAAAAAUUAAUUUUUUCGUAAACUAACUUUUUUUUUGAAAAGACAUGAUUUUGUUGUUAUCCCUCCCCCCCCCACCCCCCACCCCUUUUUUUUUUCUUCUCAAAACUGUUCUCUUAGACACAAUUACAAAAUAUGAAGUUGAUUUGUUUUAAUAAAAACAUAACAGGUCGGCAGUGGUGUCUAUUAUAAUGAAUGCAACGAAGAUCUGGAUAACUGGAAGGAAGAGUUCUGGGGUGGGAAAGACACGUACUGCAAGUAAGUGAUGUCUGUACUAUUUUAAUUUGUAGCUGACACCAUACAGAAGCACGAGAAAAGCUGUAGUCGGUCUAUUCAAGUCAUAGUGAGAGAAGAGGUAGCAAAAACAUCAUUGACUUAUAUGAGAUAAAGUAGCAUCUAUGGCUUAUUUGAACAUAUUGGCCAAAGUAAUUAUGAGAUUAGGUACUAAAGGCAUAUUGGCAUUUUCAUAGAUGAACAGAGCUGUCACAUGACUUCGAGAGGCGCCCCCCCCCCCGCCACCCAUUACUUUUCUGGUUUUGUGCCCCUUCCAAUAAAAGUUGUUAAAUAUUUUUCACAUCACAAUUUUUGGCCACUUAAAUAUCCGCAGGGGUUUCGGGGCGCACGCGACGGCCCUGUUUCUCAGAUCAGCAAGCUAGACCCGACCCACCAUGAUUUGUUACUAGUGUAUGUUAUAUAACAAAUGAUCUUCUUCUCAUUUCUUCUUUACUCUACCAGACUGGCUGCCAUCAAGCGAACGUUUGACCCGGACAAUUUCUUAUGGUGCCACAACUGCGUGGGCUCGGACUUUAGGUUCGGGUGUCCUAAGUCCUACUGGUGGCAGCGGGACAACCCGUGGGCGUACAGGCAAGCUAAGCGAGGGAGGCACGUGUCAGAGUUGGAGUACCGGCUGGCAAAAAGUCUCAGCAACUGAACUUGGCAUUCUGAGUCACUGGACUUGGCAUGCUGAGUCACUGGACUUGGCAUUCUGAGUAACUAGACUUGGCAUGCUGAGUCACUGGACUUGUCAUUCUGAGUAACUAGACUUGGCAUGCUGAGUCACUGGACUUGACAUUCUGAGUAACUGGACUUGGCAUGCUGAGUAACUAGACUUGGCAUGCUGAAUAACUAGACUUGGCAUGCUGAGUCACUGGACUUGGCAUGCUGAGUAACUAAACUUGGCAUGCUGAAUAACUAGACUUGGCAUGCUGAGUCACUGGACUUGGCAUUCUGAGUCACUGGACUUGGCAUUCUGAGUCACUGGACUUGGCAUUCUGAGUAACUGGACUUGGCAUUCUGAGUCACUGGACUUGGCAUUCUGAGUCACUGGACUUAGACUUGAGACAAACUGAUCUUUUUCUUCUCAACAGAUUGACCCAACGGUGCCUUUCAAUUACUUUUACCAACCAAACUUUGAUUUCUUCACAAAUUGAGUCCAUGAAUCUAAAAUGUUCGAAUGGAUAUUUUUUUUUAAACGCGGAUGGUGGUAAUCUAUUUUUAGAUCACCGAACAUGUUUGUUUUUAAAAGUUAUUUUUUUUUAUUUCUCAUUUUUUAAAGAAAUAAAAUAUAUGUAUUUGUUUCAUUAUGUCUGACCAGUGAUCAUAACAAUGAAAAUGUGAUACAUAAAACAUACCUUGCUUAAUGAACUAGUUUGGUUUAUCAUCAGCUGCUUUGGUCCAAGUGUUUCAAUUAAAAUAUGAUACAAUCCUUGCAUUGGGCAUAAAUAUAAAUAAAUGUUGUAUAUCGAAUUCGAG